CUUGCUUUGCCCCUCUCUCUCUUCUUCCAUGGCUUCUCUAGCCCUGUUCUCCAGGCUUAUUCUACUGGUUUGUCUCGUGCUGUGUCUGGGUUUGAGCCGCCAUGUAAGUGGCGCAGAGAGAGGACAAAAACGAGCAUGAAGCUGAUGUCUGAUGCUCUGGAAUGGCCGACCACAAUGUCGCUCUACGAUGAGCUGGAGGAUGCCGAAGAAGAUGCCAUGGACGGUGGUUUUAGCCGGAGAUCUCUGUACUGGCACAGAAUGAGGUACUAUAUCUCCUACGGUGCGCUCUCAGCCAACAGAAUUCCCUGUCCUCCACGCUCCGGCAGAUCUUACUAUACCCACAACUGUUUCAAGGCGAGAGGCCCGGUUCACCCUUACUCUAGGGGUUGCUCUGCCAUCACGCGUUGCAGAAGAUGAACCUUUUCCUUCGAUAUCUUAGCUAUAAAGUUGCUUGCUUUGUGAUAACGUGAUAUCGUAGUGAUUAUUAGUGUGUGCGUGUCGUGAUUA